AGUGUGCGGAGAUGCGCGCCGCGAGCUGGGCGCUGCUUCUGCAGCUGCUCCUGCUGCGGCUGGCCGCGGCGGCUGCUCAGGAGGCCGACUACGACUACGACGUGUCGCAGCAUCAGAACUGCGUGCCGUUAGGCUCCCGCACGGUGGAGAUUCGGUGCAAGUUAGAAGACGAUAGCGUGGCCGUGUGCCGCGGUCGAGACUGGGAGAAAUCAGACGACGUUCCGACGCUGCGCAUAGGCCUCCGCGACGCCGGUGCCGUCUCCUGCGCCUCUCUGUUGACAAUCGAGAGGGGCAGCUACCCAAUCUGUUACGAGCGUCUCAGCUUCCGCAACUUCACCGUUGGCUGGGCUGAAAUUUACUCUGAUGGCGCUUCAGAGGACUGGAACCUCGUGGUCGACGUAAACCUGUUGUCUAUUAUUGGGGCCAUGAAACAACUGGAAUACGACAGCUCAUUCGAUAAGUUCUGGAAUUUCACAAACGCAGAGUUCAGUGCUGAGAGUGGCUUCCUGACCGCAGUCACUUUCAAUGAAAAGGUGGUCAAGCCGCGGCCCUGUCUCAUAUCGCUGGGUAACAUCCACAAUUUGGGCGGUACCAGUGUCGAGGAACUGAGUCUUUAUAACAACAAGGUCAGCCCCACAAAUCUCACGUUUGGACCAAUGCCAAAGCUAAGGAUACUGCGUCUUGUCCACUGUUCUUUAUUGGAUUUUCCGGAUGAUGCGCACAUCCAGAUGCCGGCGCUGGAAGAACUGGACCUGGCAGACAACACGCUGUUGACGGUACCGGCAGCCAUUGCGGGUAUGAAGAAGCUGAAAACGCUGAACCUGUCCAGGUCGCGCGUGCAGCGGCUCGCGGGCCAGCUGCCGCAUCUUCCGCAGCUGAAGGAACUCACGCUCCGCAACACGUUCCUGUGCUGCCUGCACCAAGAGCAGGACGCCUUCCAGGGGGUCCCGAAUCUGGUGUUCCUUGACAUCUCGCAGAACCAGCUGACCUCCCUGGGAGCGGCACUGCGUGGACUCCACCAGCUGCAAGUCCUCGACGCCUCAGACAACCAGCUGACCGAAUACCCGGAGCUGCAGCUCCAGAGCCAGGUGGUGCUGACUUUUGCUCACAACCGCCUUAGCACUAUACCACACUGCAGCCAGUUUGGAAGUAGCAGCAGCCAUCUGGCGUUGGACCUACACGACAACCAAAUAUCUCACUGGGAUGGAGGUCCUAACAUCCUGAGGUGCGUGGACUCGCUGAACCUGGCGAACAACUCGCUGGCGAAUAUCGACGCGAACAUGCUCGCCAGCCUCGACGUUCUGAAAACUGUGUGGCUGAGCGAGAACCCCCUGCACUGCGACGGGUGCGCGUUUCAGCAGUUUCGCGAGUGGCUGCGGACGACGCAGGUGGAGGUGAGAGCGGUGGGCGUCCCCACAGAGGCGGCGACGUCGCUGCGCUGCGCCACACCCCCAGCCUUCCGGGGCAUGUCUGUGGAGGCGGUGGCGCUGGUCGGCGACCUGGACGAGUGCGCUGCCGACUACUCGGCCGAUUGGAGGCGGCGCGAGCCGCUGCUAGCGGUCGGCCUCUCGCUGGGGGCGGCGCUUCUGGUGCUGCUCUCGGCCGCCGUCGGCGUCUGCUACCGUUACCGCUUCGAGCUCGCCUACAGCGCUCACCUCCUGCGGCUGCGAGCCCGGGCCCGCAGCAGCCGUCGCAAGGGGCGCGGCGUUGCUGACGACGUCUUCCUGUUCGACGCUUUCAUCUUGUACAGCGGGAGCGAUCAGUCGUGGGUGGGGGGCACUCUGGUGCCCCUGCUCGAAGGCCAGCCGGACUACCGCGUCUGUCUGCAUGAGCGAGGACUCGACAGUGGCGCCGCCAACCACAACUUAUCUCACCUGAUGGACUGCAGCCGCCACGUCAUCAUCGUGCUGUCCAAGAGCUUCCUCAGCAGCAGGUGGUGCCUAUGGGAGAUGGCCUUGGCGAACCACCGCACGCUGGAUCCAUCGCAGCGUGACUACGUCAUCCUGCUGGAGCUGGAGCCGCUGGAACGCUCGGCGUUGCCGCGGCAGCUGCGCUUCAUAAUGGACACCCGCACCUACCUGGAGUGGCACAAGCCGGGCGACCCGCAGUACGCGGAGCAGGCGUUCCACAGGCUGCAGCAGGCGCUCGGCCCACCUGUCUCUCCCACUCGCAACCCUCGCUGAUGUCUACAUUCGACGAGAGACUGAAGUCUGAGUAAUGGCUCUCGCCAAUGGCCCUAAGUUUUGCCGCCAGAUUUAGCUACAAUAAAAUUCCCCAGUCUGUACUGCUACAUCGCUGUGUCAAACACGCCCACAUUUCAGCCACUACAGCAGUUUGCACAAGUAAUAAUGACGUUUCGCAGCACUGAUUAUACUACAUAUGUAUGUAGUGGCGUUACAUCAGUGGUAAAAACCUCACUAUGAGGCAUAUCAUCUCCAGCUGGGGUGAAAAAAAAGCCAUCUCGAUCAUAUACAGCUAGACAAAUUUUUAUACAACAGAAUACCUCUCCUUCCAAAUUCUGACCCAAUGGCCCACUAAUCACGGUUUCUCGUAUCCAGACGUAUGGCAGACAGCCGCCAGUGCUGAGUUCUCACCAAUGGCGCGAUACGCAGAGACUGAAAAGUGUACAUUCGCCCUGGAGGUUGCGCUACGGUUCAAUCGGCCUAAGUAGACCCCAGACAGUGGCAGUGGGCUGCACGUGGCGUUUUCACGGGCCCGCCUCAACCAAUAACGUAACGCGAUUAUGUGCACAUCUCUAUGGCAACGCCCCAGCGUUCUCAUAGCCCUUCAGAUGGCUACUGCAGUCGUUAGCGCUUUGAAGCUGAAAACUGGCAACAGUGCUGUGUACUGCCAGGUAUCUUCUUACGCCGUCUCGACAUUGGGCAUGCUCCACAGUUGUUACGUCGUAGGCGUUCGGUUACACGUUUUGCAACUGGUGUUUGCACGAGUGCAGCAAAAGUAAGACGUUCCUUAGUGUGCUCCUUUUCUUUCUCUUGAUUCCCUUGCAUUGUCACCCUGUUAAACCGCCCUAAUAUUCACUGAGCUCCAUCUGAACUUUAUAUUCUUAAAUCUAUCUGCCGCUGCAUUUGUUCCUUCUUUAUGACACUUGCCAGCGAUACGUAAUCUCUAAAUCAACAAAACCAUGCUUGUAAUGGAAGUGUCAAUGGCACUCGUUCUCGCACAUUAUCAGUUCACGAAAUAAAUAAAUGUCUGUCUCCGUACAAGCGCAAUCACUACGGCCUUUUCGUGUUCUCGGAGCUGCUGCAAAAUCUUCACUACAAAUCCAGCUUCGAAACUCCGUGGUGUUUUUGAAAAUAGGCAAAUGGUCUCUCUUUCGGUAAUUUCUAUCUUUUAAUAGAUCGUAACCAUUUAUGGGUAAUGACUUACAAGUGUCAACCCUUAAGAACUUUUAAUGUUAUCUGUUCUGAUAAGACGCAGUGGUGUUGAAAUACGAUUCAUAACGUCGCAAGUAGAUUCACAAUCUCUCUAUAUAACGGAAUCGUAGGUCUUGUACCCAUUAGGCCCUUUCUACAAAAAGGCUCCGAAUUCCCAGGAAUAAAACGUACUAUUGGUGCUGCUGUGUUUUGAAGGUGGACUAGAGAUAUCUCUUUCGUGAAAUUUUACAUCUGACGCACGUAACCAUUUGUGUCAAAUGACCCAAGGAGCGAAACGUAACACUGGUGCUUGUGCUACUUCUUACGCACCAGAUCUAACUUUUAAGUCAUUAUUUUAUAGCAUUAAAAUAUUUGUCACGAUUUUAUAUAGCAUCCAUUGAUGAGUCAGUCUCUCGACUGUUCAAAUGUGUUCCCUGAUUACGUUUUCAAUUCGCCUUCCCAUUGAAUGAAAUGCAUCUAGCACAGAAUCAGAGGUGACCCUGAAAACAAUGGAGCAGAUGGGGCACCAUUAAAGGACGAAGAUUCUCAUCUGCUCCUAUUGUAUUAGCGCCUUACAACCCAGCAAAGAAACUGACGCAAAAAAAUGCAAAAAGAAAUGCUUCAACAGCAGGGGAGACAUGUAUCAUUUUAACAUGGGACGUGGAAUUCUAAGAAAAUGAGGAAGCAGAUCAAGCAUCAAGGAGACCUGCAGGGAAAACAAUAUGCCAUUCCCCUGCAGUCUGCCAUCUCGUUCUUACGUCAGAGAGUCCUACAAUAAUGGAAAGAGGAGUGGAUGGCAAAGGAGGGGGUGUGGACUGGAUUUGGUGAACCCAACUGUCCGGCCAUGAUGUAUCUCAUAUUGGUCUCUGAGACAGCAGGAAGUAACCUUCACCUGGCUCAAAUGGCUCUGAGCACUAUGGGACUCAACUGCUGAGGUCAUUAGUCCCCUAGAACUUAGAACUAGUUAAACCUAACUAACCUAAGAACAUCACAAACAUCCAUGCCCGAGGCAGGAUUCGAACCUGCGACCGUAGCGGUCUUGCGGUUCCAGACUGCAGCGCCUUUCACCGCACGGCUAACCUUCACCUGUCUUCAAAUUUGGUGCUGUCCACUAACACACGGCCUCGUACACUGACGAGGGGACCCUCCAGUAUGUGACGCUUGUGGCUGCGAAUAUCAAUGUACGUCACAGUUUAAUUGCGUGCAUUUUAAACCAUGACAAGAUGGCAGAAGCAAAUGUAAAUACAGAUCUGUCGUCUAUUUUCGUUAACGACGACGUGAGUUUGAUCAAGCUAUUAAAAUGUUGUAUAAUUUGAAGACUCUAACCUAAGUUUUCAUGUUGAGGAUUUUAAUUUGAUACAGAGUAGCGGCUCUCCCAUUUUUAGUACAGUGAUCGGCCAGCUACACUUACCUGUGCAACCGGCAUGCUUUUGAUUCAUUCCAUGAAAAAUUUUUAUGGUCGGUUUUAGAAUUGACUGUGAACGUGAUUUUAAUAUUUCGGUGUGUGUGUGUGUGUGUGUGUGUGUGUGUGUGUGUGUGUGUGUGUGUGUGUGUGCGUGCGUGCGUGCAAAUGUGCGCGCGUACACAGUAUUCAGAGUAUAUUUAUAUUUUAACUCCCUGUGGAAAUCCUACUGAAUUCCCACCUUAAGUUACACAAGUCUCAUGAAAGAUUUUAGUUCACGCGCUUAAGGUCUUGGAGUCGUCCGCCCCUACUAAUAAUUGUUAUCCUGCUACGCGAUGCUCUCUAAAUUUGAGAUUUAUAGAGCCCAAAAAGAUCUCUCAGUUUCUUUACACAAACGUUGUAUGGAUAUGUCGUUGUUGUAAUGAUUAAACUUUUUGUAUGAUCAGUAAAUUUUUUAAAAGCAACUU